AAAAAAAAACACAUCAUAGUAAAACCAAUACCUUCUCAGCUUCGCAUCGAAGCUAAAAUAACAAAAAUCAUUUCAUAAUGAGUCCUUUGUUGGGGAGAAUAGGAGAUAUUUUUGACAAAUUAAAUGAACGAACUCUAUCACGUUAUGAUCUAUCUACCUACACUUGGAUACUUAAAACUAUAUAUUCAUUUUCUAAUAGAAUAAUAGGAUUUAUAAAUUAUGAAACUGAGUUAUAUUGUGAAUAUGCAUCUUAUAAUGAGAACUAUUUAUGGGAUGAAUGGAUUCAAGAAUAUAAUGCCAUUAUAAAACAUGACGAAAAAUUAGUAUUUUUAAAGUUUUUAACCAGAAAAUGUAAUGAUUAUAUCAAAACUAUAAUUAUAGAAUAUUAUUUUCAACUGGGAUUUAAAUAUGAUCCAAUUACUGAAGAAACAUUUUUACCAUCACUAAAUGUGUUAAUUAUACAAGAAUUGGAACUUAAAGCAAUCGAUGAAGAACCUACAACGCUAAUUCAAAUAGAAAAUCAUUAAAUGUUGUAAUAAAAUUAAUUUUUUUCUACAUUAUUGUUAUAUAUUUGUUAUACAUUAUUGUUAAGCAUAAUUUACUUUAUUACUUAGUAAUUUUAUAAAUUAUUAUUAAAAUUAAAUGUGAAUUGUGUA